AUGGCUGCGGAAGCCAGUCAAGCUGAAAAUGCGACGCCGCCCCUGCCGCAAAUCACUGUAAUCGGGUCGCUCAACAUGGACCUCACAUCCUACGUCAGCCGCGUACCACGCGCCGGAGAGACAAUUAUGGGCGACCACUUCUCUACGGGCACGGGUGGCAAAGGCGCCAACCAGGCGGUCGCCUGCUCGAAGCUAGCCCACGUCAGUCCCGGCCACGCGCCGCUCGAACGUGGGCCCCUCGCGAAGGUUAAGAUGGUUGGCGCUGUGGGAGGUGACUUUUUUGGACAGGAGCUCAUAUCGGCGCUGGAGUCGCAGAGCGUCGACUGCUCGAAUGUCAAGCGGAUCGAGGGCGAAAGCACCGGUGUCGCUAUGAUCAUGGUCGAGAGCUCGGGCGAGAAUCGCAUCAUUGUGACUUUGAAUGCGAACAAGAAACUUGCACCGGCGGAUAUUGGCGACACGAUUCCCGGCGAUAAGCCGGAUUUGGUCAUAUUGCAACUGGAGCUCGACCUCAAGACCGUACUACAUACCAUUUCUGUUGCCAAGAAGCAAGGAGUUCCUAUUCUACUCAACCCUUCGCCCGUGAGGAAACUCCCCGAGGACGUCUACCAGGGGCUAGAUCACUUAAUCGUCAACGAAAUGGAGUGUCGCAUGCUCCUGGGACAUGCGAACCCUGCACGGGAGCUUACACAGGAGGACAUGAGGAAAGCCGGAUUCUCCUUCGUCAAGAAGGGCGUCAAAAAUGUCGUCAUCACGCUAGGACCCCGAGGAGCCUUCUACUUCAACCACCAGCAUGAAUUCGGCUUCGUACCCGCCCAGUUCCACGGAGACGUCGUCGAUACGACAGGGGCGGGGGACACAUUCACGGGCGCGUACGCCCUCGGCGUCGUCCGGAACAAAGAAAACUUCAACAUCGCCUUCGCCCUCGAGGACGGAGCACACGCGGCUGCCUGGACCGUCACGGCCCGCGGCGCGCUUUCUUCGAUCCCGCACCUCGAACGUCUUACGUUACCCAAUCUCCGGUUCGACCAUUCGCGUCGCGAUGAGCUCCUGGCGGCGAUACGGGCGGCGAAGGGGGACUCGAUUGGAAUAUCCAAGGAGGACGCGGCCAUGUCGGUGGAUAAGGACUCGGGGGAUUCGCCUUCGAAUUGGGCCCUUAGUGAGGAUGACCUCGAUCCUGUACCUGAAAAGAGACCUAGUGAGAACGGGGAUGGAGACGAGAGGCCGGCAAAGAGGCAUUGUGAGGACGGCGCAUAG